GAUGUGGUCGAUUAUUUCGGAAAUAUAAGCCGUUGCUAAUUUAACCCAUUCAAUUUUCAGCCAUAGCGUAUUAAACUGUGUAAAUACACAAUAUGUAGUAAACAGACAUGACAAUAUAUGGUGCAAUGCGAAUGUCCUAAAACAGUUUUUUUUUUCAAAAUAAAAGACUCCGCUCCUUUCAUUAUUGAUUUCUGUUGGUACAUGCUUUGAUCUGAAUAAAGCAGAGAUGGAGGACUGUGAAGGGUUGAUCGCGACGGAGCGUUAUGGCUCACAAGAGUCCUGGAAAUACCUUCUGAAGGAUGGGAGGAUGAAGAGAAAGAAAGAUGAAGACGACAGCAAACUGGCAGGAAAUUCACUGUCUGGAGCGUUCAAAAGUGUCUUCCUGCCACAGGGAUAUCCUGAGAGUGUCAGCCAGGACUAUUUACAGUAUCAGCUGUGGGACACUGUACAGGCGUUUUCCAGCACUCUAUCAGGCACACUUGCUACUCAGGCUUCACUUAGGGGUGUUGGAGUUGGAAGUCAAGAAGCAACAGUUGCAGCAGCCACAAUAACAUGGCUACUUCGAGAUGGAACAGGGAUGCUUGGAAGAAUACUUUUUGCUUGGCUCAAAGGGAACAAGUUGGAUUCCGAAGCUAAAAAAUGGAGGCUCUUUGCUGAUGUUCUUAAUGACAUCGCUAUGUUCAUAGAGAUCGCAGCGCCCCAUUUCCCUCCCUUUUUCACCCUAAUCGUCUGCAUUGCUGGAAUCUUUAAGUCUAUUGUAGGAGUUGCUGGUGGGGCAACAAGAGCUGCUUUAACCGUCCAUCAAGCUCGCAGAAACAACAUGGCUGAUAUCUCUGCCAAAGAUGGGAGUCAGGAAACUCUGGUAAACCUGGCAGGACUACUGGUGAGCCUGGCACUCAUCCCACUCGUAACAGAUAACCCUUCGUUGACAUUCAUCUUGUUCUUCCUUUUCACCGUUCUUCAUCUGUUUGCCAAUUACAAAGCUGUGCGGUCUGUUGUUAUGGAAACCCUCAAUGAAGCUCGACUGUCCAUAGUCCUACAUCAGUACUUGCUUGAUGGUCAACUGCUCAGUCCAUCUGAGGCCAAUCGGAAGGAACCUGUUUUCUUGUCUCUUCGAAGAACAGUUCCGAUCAAAUUGGGUGUGAGACUAGGAGACAUUGUUAAGGACCAAGGAGAACUGCAGCUGGCAUUGAAGAAUAACCACAAACCAUACCUCAUUGGAAUCAAAAAUGAAGCGGUUUGUGUAUGUCUGGCAAGUGAUGCGUCUGUGCAUGAUGAAAUAAUGGCAGCAUGUCAGGCCUUGUGUCUCAGUACUGUGUUACACAAUAACUCUUUACUGGAUGGUGCACUCAAACAGCUCUCUAACAUCAAAGACCCGUGGGAAUUAGUAUCACAAAGUCAUAAGAUGAUUGAUCAGAUUUUUCAGACAUUCCUAAAAGAACUGGAUCAUGCUAAGUGGCAGACAGACCGGACACUAUUGGACUGGAAUGAGUGGCGUGUUGAAUGGAAGAAAAAGAGGAGCUGAAUCAAACUCUUAUGAGAUUUUUAAUAUGGAAUUUUCAUUUGGAUGUUUAGUUCAGCUUUAUGUUUGUAAAGGAUUUGCAAAAACAAAGCAAAGUUUUGAAUAAAAGGCUUGUGAACCAGU